AAAUGGUUGGCAUACUUUGGUUCAAUUAUUCAAUGGAAGCCCAAAGAUAGCGAACAAAAGAAGCACACAAUUUUUUUGGUUCAAUGGAAGCAGUGAAGAAAGAAAAAACUUAAAAGUGGAUUUUAGGGGAAUUGAACCCGACGUGAAUCGAACACGCAACCUUCUGAUCUGGAGUCAGACGCGCUACCAUUGCGCCACGGAUCCACUUGUUGAGAGUGAAGAUCAUUUAAAUUUAGUUAAUCGAAUUUAUAUUUAUAUUGAAUGAGCGGGAACGUUGCUUUUAUUCUUGGUUCAAAUUGAAUUGAUUCAUGAAUUUCAAAGUGUUAUUGGUCUGGUUUGUGUGUUGUGGGUUUAGGGAGAAAUGAAGUUGGAGAUCGGAAUCGGCGACGCCAUAUCCAGAAUCCGAUUCGCGCCGCACUCCAACAACCUCCUCAUUUCGUCUUGGGACUCCAAUCUUCGGCUUUACGACGUUGACGCCUCCGUGCUCAGACUGGAAGCUUCUUCAGAAGCUGCCCUUCUCGAUUGCUGCUUCCAAGACGACUCCACUGCUUUCACUGCUGCUUCUGAUGGAUGCAUUCGAAGGUAUGACUUGCAUUCAGGAACUAUGGACAUCAUCGGCAGUCACGACGAUAUGGCGACGUGUAUUGAAUAUUCCGAUGAAACAUUUCAGUUGAUCACAUCCGGAUUUGACAAGAAGUUAUUGUCGUGGGAUAUGCGUAUGGAGAAGGCUUUUUCUCGCUCAAUAAGUUUAGAUGCAGAGGUGGAUUCCAUGUCUGUCUCUGGGUUUAAUCUAAUUGUAGGCAUUGGAGUAUCGGUGCAGGUUUAUGAUCUACGUAACUUUGACAAACCAGUUCAGUCAAAGGAGCCAUACAAGGGCACACAGUUAAGAUGUGUCACUUCUAUUCCUUAUGCAAAAGGAUUUGCGGUAGGAUCAGUAGAUGGACGAGUAUCAUUACAGAUUUCCUCUUCAUCCAGUUCAAAUGACAUUGGGUAUACAUUCUGGUGUCAUCCAAAAUCAAAGGAUAGACGGCAUCAUUUGGUAUCAGUGAAUGACAUUGUAUUCAGUCCACUUGUGUCUGGAACUUUUGUCACCGGUGACAAUGAAGGUUAUGCUUCCAUAUGGGAUGCUAGAAGUAGGAGAAGACUAGUUGAGUUGCCAAGAUAUCCAAAUAGUGUUGCAUCCUUAUCGUACAACCACGUGGGACAGCUUCUAGCUGUAGCGUCAAGCUAUACUUACCAAGAAGCAAACGAAAUAGAAGAGCCUCCUCAAGUAUUCAUUCAUGAAGUGGACAACAUUGAUAUCGGAUCAAGUUCUGCUAGUAGGAGUAGUUAGAAGUUUAUGCUGCAUUUGCCAAGGGGACCUUAAUGCCUGGUUUUCAUCAUCUUUUGCAAACAAAUAUUGGAAACCCUGUUUUCAUGGAGCAUAAAUACACGACUACUGUGUAACACACUUCAUCUAAUUCUAAAGGAUCGUGAUAAGUUGAUAGUCAAAAAUGUUUCAUCUAUUCAUGAUAGUACUAGUGUUGUUUUAUAGCUGGAGUAGAUAGUGUAGCUGCUAGUGAUAAAUUAGUUUGAGGGUGGUUUUAGGAAUGUUAAAUUGUGGCGGAGAAGUAGCACUAAGAUCUUGUUUGAACUUCGGGUACAGACUAAGCACUUAUUGAAGUUUAUCUAAUAGAAAAACAUUGGAUAAGCUCCAAUGAGUGCUUUUUUGCUACACAUCCAAACAGGCUCUAAGUUCUAGGUUCCAAGUGUUGAUUGAAUAUAUUUUUUCCUAUUCACUUAUGUAAAUUAUAUUUUAGGCAAUGAAUUGGAUCCAAUUUCUUUGCAGUUGGACACAUUUUGAUUACUAUUGGUUGGUCGUGCAACCUAAAUUAUA